AUGGCAAACAACUGGUGGAGAGAACCGGACAUGGGAGUACUGAGUGCACCGGUGACCUCUGGUGAGCCGCAGGGAUGCUCCGCCAUGCGUAUGUGGCGGAACGCCUGCAACACACUGGUAGCACCCGAUGCUGAUGAUGCUUGGAAGCAGGUGGUGGAAGCCUCCCCUCCGGAGUCACUCUGGCACACACUCCGGAACUGUGUAGCUUAUCAGGCGGGAGUAUGGCAGAACUUGCUCAACAAGGGAGUGGAUGACGUCAUACAGCCGGCCGCCUUCAAGCUGGCCAUAGUGCUGAGACAUACUCCUUCUGAACUCACCGUCAAACUUCUGUCUGACUUGCUGAGGCUGCAUCCACAGUCGCAAGACUUGACGUCGUACAUCCUGGCGCUGCUGACGGACGACGAGGCGCAGUGGAGUGGCGGACACUGUAGCUCUCCGUCGAACGUGUCCUCUCCUCCCAGCGAGGAGGAGGAGGAAGAACACUCCUCCAACUCCGAUGGCGCGGACUCUGACGGCGCCGACCAGGGACACGACACCGACGGCCCCGACCCCGGACACGACACAGACCUCGACGCCAACGAGGCCAAUGGACCCGCAGACUCCGCGUCCUCCGCCGCUCUAUCCAAACCCCAUAUGCCGCCGCCGGACUCCACCACGCAUUCCAGCGACAACCCUAACAUGCCGGAUUCGACUACGGCCGACGAUCCUAUAGAAGUCGAUCCGGAGUCUGGCGAGGGGGAAGACGACGGGGACGCGGAGGCGGAAGCCGAGGGAGAGGGAGAUGAGGACGCUGACGGUGAAGGUGAUGAAGACGGCGAGGGCGAGGAGGACGGGGAGUCGGCGGACGAGGUGGAAGGUAUAGCGCUGGGGCGCGGCGUGUCGCCGGCCGGCCCGGCGCCGCUGCGCGACCUGCAGCUGUUCGGCGACUGCGAGCUGGCCGUGCUGGCCGCCUCGCGCGAGGAGUACGACGCCCACGCCAAGCUCGUGCGCGCCGAGUACUCCAAGCUCACCAACGACAACUACGUGCAGCUGAGGAUCAAGGUGCUGAACCAAUUCAGUCAAAUCCCCAAGCUGUUCCACUCUCCUGAAUUCGAAUGCUUCGAGUCUGCCGCGCGAGAGAACAUCGAGCGAGAGAUCAACACGCUGCAGGAACACUUGGUGGCCGGGAGGAGAGACUAG